UAAAACAAACAUGGCGAAGGGAAACCUCGUCCAAAAGCACAAAAAAACCUCUGCGGUUUAUGAAAAUUUACAACUUUCCCGUGGAAGUUUACGACUCGUCCGGCUCUGGGAUUGGUCCGUGGCGGUCAUGUGGCCAGCAGGAAUGGGAACUUAUUCCCCAUGAGGUUAUAAUGCAGCUGCUGUUUUUUGCACCGCUCAUUCACCUAUAACAGUUUGUUUCACAGUCCCAACCUUUUUUUAUUUCUAAAAUGUUUGUUUUCCCCGAGUUCGUCCGUGAGCUGAAACACGCUUGUAGGUGAAGCUGUUAUUAUGGUUCGGUGUGUGAUUAUUUUUUUUUUUUUUUUUUUUUUUGGAGGGAUGAUGGCGCCUCUUGCGCGACUCACCGUGCGCCAUGUUCAUCUAGCUGCACCUCUGUGGCUUUUGGAAAUGAGGGAUCAGCACACUCCUGGAUGGAGGGAUUACUUUCAAGUUGUCACUUAGGCAAAGUGGAGAUUUCGUUUUUUGUUUUUCGUGCGUGUGUGUGUGGGGGAAGCGACAAGGAGCUCCAGCGGAGUGGCAGCCACGCUGGUGAUGAUGGAUUAUCAACAAAGGACUCUCUCCUGGGUCAGAUACCGCUCUACUCCUCGGGAUACACGGACCCGUUGAGGCACUACUCCAACGCGGCCACGUAUGGCGCGGCCAACAUGCAGGAGAAGGUCUACCCGGCUUCCUACUACCAGCAGUCGGGCGCGGCGGCGGCGGCGGCCAUCUACGGCCGCGCUGCCGCCGGCGGCGGAGCGCCGUGCGACUACAACCCGGUGGGCACGUUCUACAAAGACGCGGAGGGCUCGUGCGCCUUCUCGAGCGGCCGCGAGGACCAGCCGCUGUUCGUCACUCAGGAGCACCAGCAGCGCAAGGCGGAGUGCGCGGAGCAAGCUGUCAGCAUGAGCGGCAGCAUCGACGACAAGUCCUCCACUCUCAUCUACCCCUGGAUGCAGAGGAUGAACGCCUGCUCCGCCGGCCCAUUUGGCAGCAGCGGCCGCAGGGGCCGGCAGACCUACACCCGCUACCAGACCCUGGAGCUGGAGAAGGAGUUCCACUUCAACCGCUACCUGACCCGCAGGCGCCGGAUAGAAAUCUCCCACGCCCUGUGCCUGACGGAGAGACAGAUCAAAAUCUGGUUCCAGAACCGCAGGAUGAAGUGGAAAAAGGAGAACAAACUCCUGAAUCCCUCAAAGACAGCCGAGGAGGAGGAGCAGGAGCAGGCGGAGAAGAAGAGCUAAACUACAAAGGGGACUCUGAGAUAAAAAAAAAA